UAUUAAGUCCACUUUUGAAUAGGAAAAAAAUACAGUACGAAGAGAAGAAACAAAAUCAAAAGGAAAAGAGUUGGUUAGAAAGAUUCCGUGGGAGAAAUAUGAGCAACAAAAUCCCGGAAUCGGAGCCAUCAACAAGCAGGAAGCGUCGGCGGAAUGAAGAACCAGAGCCCCAAUCUGAAGACGAUGUUGUAAAUUCACAUUCUCUUUCGUUAGAUGACAAUUUUGCAUUCAGUGAUACACUGAUGGCGCUUCGGAUGAUGCGUGCUCAGUUCCCUCACAUUCAGAAGGUUUCAGUUCCUCCUUUUGUCUUGCAGUCGCAGUUGUACAGCAGCAUAAAAAAUAGGACUGAAGUGGAUAGGGAAAUAGAGUCUCUUAAGAGGGAAAAAGUGGUACGGAUAUUUAAGUUAAACACUGGACAGGAUGAUCAUGCCAUAAUGUUUAUAGAUGACUACAUCAGUCAGAUUGAACGUGUUGUGAAAAGGAUGGAAGAAAACAGCAAAAAUGACCUUGUAGUUUUUGAGUGGUUCAAGAUUCAUGUCCUACAGUCCAAGCUUGAAACCAGCAUUGGUCAUCAAGAGCUGUGGUCUUUUCUGUCGUUAGGGGGAAAGGUGAAAGAGGACCAUAUCUCUCAAUUAAUUAGUGCUGGGCUUCUUAUUCGCCAACUUAUUGAUCAGAACAUGUAUUGGUUUUCAAUUCCAAACAUUGGCUCAGUACUCAAAGGUCUAUCACAGGGAAGGAAGGAGCUUAUGUCUCUUCUAAGCCGAAGAAAAUACAAGGAGAUGAUGAUGGCUGCUUUGGAGAUUAAACGCCUGAGAUUUUCUUCUCUGGAUAUGAGAUUUCAUCUACGAGAUCUAAUAGGUUCGGGUCAGCUCAAAACCAUUCAGACACCAAGCGGCUUGAUUGUACGAGUUGCUAAAGAUUGAACUAUGCAGGUCACCACGGUUUUCUUGAUGCCAAAGUUUGUUCCCUUAGCAGGUCACUGCGAUUUUCGUAGCAGGUCACCGCAAGGUUGAAGCCUCUGAAAUUUAGCUUGUGUUGUAAGACUACAUGCUUAGUACAUCUAUCCAAUAAAAUAUUUUAUUGCUGCCUU